AUGCCUCGGUAUCAGCUCGAGGCUACCACUGCGCUCACUUCCGGGGCAUUGCUCAGUGCCGUCUUAUUUUUUGUCAACCGCACCAAAGACGGGAAAAUUCGCCUAGAGGAAAACGAAGCGUCUGAUCCUUUCGAUGUCACGACCGCCGAGGACCUGACUGACGGAUACCCGCUUCAGGAGGAAAAGUUCUGGUCGACGAUGAAACGGCGGAAGAUGUUGUUAUCUGUCCUUGCCUCUCUCCUCUUGUGCGUCCAGCUGGCCGCAGCGGCCUUGGAUAGUUUUGGACAAAUUUCAUGCUUGCGCGUUGCAUUUUCCUUCUACAUUGCAACGGUCGCUGUCUUUUCUAUUCGACGCCAAUCGGUAUUCGAGCAUACUGAAUCUAUAUGGCAUCUUUCCGCCCUCAAUUUCGUUCCCGUCCCGCUGCUUGGGUUCACCGCCAUCAUUCCCGACGAUUACCAUCCGGUGUCCUCGGUGUCUGUCCACGCCCCAACCAUUCUGUGGUACACGGCGCUGGGGCUCCAUCUCGUCGUGGCCCUCAUCGCUGCCAACACCCCUUGUGGUCCCGCUUUGCAUUACCCUCCAGAGGCCAUCUACUCUGAAAAGAUCGCCCAAGCAAUAACAAACACGGCUGAAAACAAUGUUGCGGGAAUUUACGGCGCCUCACCUCUCGGCAUCCUGUUCUUCUCCUACUCUACCAAGGUCGUGAUGCUCGGAAACACGGCCGCCUCUCUCGAGAUCGGCGACCUCCCCAUUCUCACCGUUGAUAUGCGCGCCUCCCACUUAUACGACUCGAUGAAGCGCGUGCUCCGCACCGUGUCGCUGCGCAUUCCUUUCCUCUUCUGGAGUUGGCAGCCGCGGGUUGGCUCCGGGAUAACGCUAGGAUACCAACUACUUGUUACUAACAAGUCUGGAUUCCUGGCCCUGAUUUUGCUGUCCCUCGCGGCGGGAGGCAUGUUUUACAUGCCACCACUGCUGCUGAGCGGCCUUCUUCGCUACUUGGAGAGCGACCUUGAAAGGCAAGACUUCCGAUGGGGACUGGUCUGGGUUGCUGGCCUGCUCUGUGCACAUUUGACGCUGUUCACACUCACUGGCCAAGUGUGGUCCCUUGCGACAGCGACGCUCCAGGCGAAACUCCGAAACCAGCUAAACACGGUGUUGUUUGCGAAGACUCUGCUUCGCAAAGACAUCGCCUCUACUGCUCCGACGUCUACUGCGAACGAGGAAUCAAAAGAGGAUGGGGCCGAGAAGUCUGAAGGGUUUUCGUCAAAAGCGCAAAUUAUGACCUUGAUGUUCGUGGGACCACGGACGUUGACCGCGUUGCGAGGCUUACGAUGCACCUCUUCAGUGUUAUCGGCAAAUGUCCCCAUCGAGAUCAUCGUCGGUACCACCUUCCUCUACAAGCUCCUGGGCGUCUCCAGCCUAUUUGGUCUCGGUAUUGCUAUUGCCUGUUUACCACUAAAUCAUUUUGCCGGCAAAGCUGUCUCGGGUGCUCAAGAUAACCUGAUGAAAUCUCGUGAUCAACGAGUGGCACUCAUGAAUGAGGUUCUCGGCGGUAUCCGUAUGCUCAAAUUCAUGGCCUGGGAAAGAAGCUUCGAGGAUCGCAUCCUCAAAAUCCGUUCGAAAGAACUCAAGUACCAACGUUUGAACUAUAUCAUUGAGUCACUACUGGAAGGGUUCUGGAGUGGCAUUCCUGUGAUCAUCACACUGGUCUCAUUCUACCACUUUGCAGUCAUACGCGGCGAAGUGUUGAAGCCAUCGAUCGCGUUUACUUCAAUCAUUGUCUUCAACGAGCUCCGAUUUGCUCUGUCUUUGCUCACAGGCACAUUCAUCAACAUUGUCCAAAGUGCUGUUUCCCUUCGCCGUAUAGAAACAUAUCUGGGCACGCGUGAAAUCAGCCUGGUACCAGACCUCUCUGUUCAAACACGGCGUGUUGCAUUCAACUCCUGUACUGUCACAUGGCCGCAAGACACAUCAACGGGGUCUACGCCAGGCACAAGCGCGGCAUCAACUCCGCGACAAAAGUUCCUUCUUCUGGACCUCUCAUUUGAGUUUCCCGAAGGACAGUUAUCUCUGGUUUGCGGGAAGCUCGGGUCAGGGAAGACUUUGUUGCUCCUCGCGUUGCUUGGGGAAGCUGAUGUUGUCGCGGGACAACUUUCGUGCCCGCGUUCUCCGGCAAACACGCUUGCAUCAUUUGCAGGAUUCGACCCUGCAAAAGAAACCUGGCUUGUUGAUGGCGUUUGCGCAUAUGUUCCUCAGACUGCAUGGCUGCAAAAUGCUUCGAUCAAAGACAAUAUUCUCUUUUCAUUGCCCUACGACGACGAGCGUUAUCGUCUAACACUUGAGGCUUGCGCCUUGGUCAGCGACCUGGCUAUUCUUGACGACGGCGACGAUUCUGAGAUCGGAGAACGAGGUGUAUGUGUGAUCAAGGCUUUACAUCUCUUAUAUAUAUAUUUGGUGCGCAUGGCGAAGCGGUGA